AUGGAGGGAGGGCAGCCCCCACAGGGGGGUGGCGAGCCUGCUGCAGUCCCCGAGCAACUCAACGGCGCGGAUGUCGGCGGCCUUUCGGCGCCCGGUGUGGCGUCUCCAGUGGAAGUUUUUCCUCAGUCACAAGUACAGGGCGGCGAGAACCAGACCGCGGCGUUGCAACAAGCUGCGACCGAAGCGGUGGGUUCGCCGCAUCGCCCUCCCAGAUCGAGCGCGGAAGACCCCAGCGACGCGGGCCGCGACGCAAAGGCCAACGCUCAAGGGACUGGCGUCUUGGCGGACGCCCUUCGAACUCGCGUGCUCCGCGGCGAUGCGCAGCUUCCCGUUAAACUCCCCAGCACGGACACGGACACGCAGGCGACCCACCCCACUUUCCUGUCGUGUCUGCGCGGCCAAACUCCCGGGCAAGAGGCGGUCAAUCCGUUGCGGCGCGCUGCCGCUCCGCAAAGCGUCGAUCGGAGCUCCGCGGAGCCGAAGCGAGCGAUGCAUAGGGCAGAAACCGCAGGGUUUUCGAGGCGCGUGAAAUCAGAUUCAGUGAGCGGUCCGCUGGCGCCGGCCGCCGAACGUUCUCAAGAAAAGGCUCAAAUGCAAGGUGGACGUACAGCGAGCGAGACAGCCCCGGGGCUGUGUUCAGGGGAGCUGGCUCGGGACGUUCCAGCGAGUGCCGUGGGUCUCGGAGGUUCUGGCGGCGCCGCGGAAACUUUAGAAAAGCAUGCAGGGGCCAGGAACUUGCUCGACACGCAGGGCGCGAGCGGGUGUUUGCUGGACCUGCCGAGGUCGACCGUGGCGGCUCGAAAUUCGGACGGGAGCAGAACGCCCGAGACUUGCCUGUCUCCGGUGGAUACCCCUGAGACUCCGUCUUCUCUUCCCACCGUGGCUUCUCUCGGAAACUCCCCCGUCUCACACGCGGGAGGAGACGCGUUUCAAGGGGAAACGUCCUUUCUUCCGAUGCCGGCACCUGCUUUUGACCGUCCCCUGGCCACUUCCACCGCUCGCGCACCUCCGGCCUCUGCUGACUCGUCUUCAUCUCCGUCUUCCGCUGGCACGCCGGCGGCAUCUGCGUCUCCGUCCCCGCUGCCUUGGCGCCAGAGUGUGUCUCCUUCGUGGUCCCUUCGUCCGCGGCGGGCUGUUCCGAACGUCGUCCCAGAUGUCGAGUUGUUCUCGACUGUGCGCCGGCUGCAGCGCAGGAGCCUGAUGAAGCUCACCGGCUCGGACGAGGGGGCGUACGGGGAGAACUGCUGCGCCUCGCUGCUGGAGCUCUUCCGCCUUCUCCAGGAGCGCUAUGGUCUCUCUCCGGCGUCGGUCUUUCUUGACAUCGGCAGUGGGAGCGGCGUCCCGUCUUUCCUCGCCUCCGCCGCGGUGGGGUGUGUAGCCUCGCUGGGCGUCGAGAUAGACAGCAACGUGUACGCCAUCGCCUGCAAUAACCACCUCCAGCUGCUGGACCAGCGGCUGGUUGCUUCCCUGGCAACGCAAGAUCUGCUCCUGCGCACACGGGAGGCGCGUCCUCACAGCGAACAGCCCGAGGCUUUGUCUUCCGGAAGGAACGGCGGCACCCACGGGGGCGACUGCGGGAGUUUCUUGGCGCCGCUGGACGGCGUCGUGGGGCCUGCUCUUCUGAACUGCCUCCGCGACCGCACCGCCGUGACCGAAGAGGACCUAACUUUCUCCGUGGCCAAUGUGAGCGCAGGCCUGGAUCGCGAGGCCGAGAAGGAAGGCGAGAAUGAGAAGGAAGGAGAGGCCGAGCAGACGCACGCGGAGAGGGGCGGUGGGGAGGAAGCCAGAGAGCCGCGUGCUUCGUCGCAAACAGUGCCAGGGCAGGGCGCCCGCGCAGAUCCAGCAGACUGUCCGAACUCGGGCGUGUCGGACUCUCUUUUCGCGCUGUCUCCGACGGGUUUGGCGUAUCCAUGCAACGUCGCAUUUAAGUGCGCAGAUGCGUCCUUGUUUGCCUCGUUUGACGGCGUCUCACACAUUUUCUCCUUCGAUCUGGCCAUGCCGCCGAGGGUGCUCUUCCGGCUUUGCUCGCUGUUCAACCGGUCCCAGUCCCCGGUCGUCUACGUCUCCUUCCACUCGACUCUCGCCUCAACGUACGGCCUCGACGCUCGCCUCGUUCAGCGCCUCCGCAUGCGCAUGGCUGGGAGCGCCGAGAGCCACGUGGCCUUCAUUUACGUCCGCAGCUGUCUCUCUCUGGCGCAGCUCGCCCUCGCGGGAGGCGAACGAGCGGCGCGGCCGAGACUGUCCAGCGCGGAGAACAAAUCGCGUCCGCGUUUGUCGAAGACCGCUCCGUUCGGACACGUGUACGAGAAAGGGUUGCAACGGAGUGGCCCGCAGCUGCUCAGCGACGGCGCUGUACUCCGAAGCGGGAGAGACGCGGCAGCGACGCCACAGGAAGAGGGAUGGGAUUGCGCAUUUACUGCGGGCGGAACGCGGGAAACGUGGAGGGAGAUCGAGCACGCGAGUUUGGUUCGGGCGCUUCUCUUGCGGGGCGUGGUCCACAGUCGGACCGAGAGCUUCUUCAGCCGCUGUGUCCUGGCCGGCGUCUUGCCGCGGGUAGCCUUCACGCUCCUUCACGCGGUAGGGCUCCUGUGUACGGACACCCCGUUGAGUUUCGAGGCGCAGGAAGGCGAGGUUCGCGUGGAGCAACCCGAGGGAGGGAGGAGGAAGGAAAACGACAAAGCAGAAACGGGGGAGACGGAAAACGUCCGGUUUUCUCCUCUGUCGGACUCCGUCCUUCCCGCGUUGCAGUGCUGCCGCAAGUGUUGUUCCGAGAUCUUCCUCUCAAACCUCGCAGGUGGCGACGGGGAGUUUGGCGGGUCCCCCAGACACGCACAAGGCGCGACGGUGCCGUCCAUUCGCGGCCUCGCUCUCCCCGUCCCUCGCCUCCCUCAGCAACAGCUUCUUCUGCUGCGUCGCCUCGUCGGAGUCUUCGGGCUGGACCAGCUGCUGGAAACGGGCGCGCUGUCCCCUGAGAGUCUGGAAGACCUCUUUCUUCUCCGGCCGGUGUCGGCGUGUCUGUGCGGAGACAGGCCGUGCGCCUCCGGGCGGCACUCCGGUGCAUGCGCGGCUGAGGCAGCUGAGGCAGCUGCGGCAACUGAGGAGAGAGGGAACGGAGAAGCGAAGAGAAGCUCGGUUUCUUCGCUGCGGUCGCCGUCGUCGUUUGUCUGUGUCCACGGCGUUCGGCGCCUCGCGCUGUUCCUCGGAAAGGUGAUUCUUCAGAGGCGCCUCGCGCGUCCAGACUGCGACAGAGACGCCCAGCUGGCGCCUGCAGGGGGAUCGGAGCCGGUUGCGGGCGACGCGGUGGGCUGGACCAGCGCACUCCUCGAAGUCCGCGUGUGCAGAAAGUGGGACAUCCAGAGAAAGGCCGGCGUUAGCACAGACCCGAUCUCGCUGGAUGCGUGGAACGCGGAAGCGCCCUCCUUCAGCGGAAACCGGCGAAGUGCGCGCCUGCGGCGGGAAGGCGCGAGCCGCGCUCCGGGAGUCGCCACGCAGAAAACAGUUCGUAAAGUUUCACAGGCCCGGAGCAGGAAACCCCCCGGGACGACGAAGGCCCAGGGCAGAGGACCACACAAGUUCAACGUCAACCGCGCGAGGCCACGCCCUCGACGAGAAGGACGCGCAGCCGGCAACGGGAGCCAGCGAGGCAGACGCGGGGCGCCAGUGGGGGUGCACAAGGCGGCGAGAACACUUCGCGGAAAUGGGGGGGUUCGGCGAGCACAAGCGUCGCACGACGAGCGGAAGCCGCUGCGAGGCGAGGAAUCGCCGGACGGGUUCGAAGAGCGAGAAGCGUCGCUCGAUGACAAGUGGAUGCGCUUCUUUGUCUGCUGCGGCGCCGAUCUGUCAGUUCCGGACGCCCCCGAUGGAGGUCAACCGGUGGACAGUGAGAAAAGAGGAUACAUGCUGGGACCAAGUGGAAUCGGCGACGUUGGCGUUUUAGAAAUCCCCUGCCUCUCCCCCCUCUGCUACACUUGUGGCGCCCGCACCGUCCUCCCGCAGUUGCUCGAAGCCAAUGCCCCCCCUGCAGUCCAGCAACUCAAGAUCCAGUCCGAAAUUCUACAGCUCCAAACCAACCCUCUCAUUCAGCUGGCAGACAAAGAAGGCCAGGCGGCGUGGGAUGCGAACCUGAGCCGAGAGGCAGGAGCCUUUUUUCGCCUGGGAAGUGAGGACGAAUCCGAAGGCAAUGGAGACGAGAGACACGGACGAGGAGCGACCUGCAAAGGCCGCGCGUGUUCAAAGGGGCAAAGGGCUGCCGCGGCGGACCGCUUGAAACGAAGAGACGAAAGCCACCCAAAUCGCUCGGCGGGACAUUUACGUGAGGCCACGUUUCCGAGCCUUUCAGACACCAGCGGCGCAGAUCAGGUUGAGUUAGCCGAACGCCGCCCACGGUGCGUCCACGCCAUCCGAGCGACGCUCCUGGAGCGCCUGAACGAGGUGCUGUCUCCGAGGGACACCUCGGCUGCAGGCGCACCGCUUUUGUGUGGAGAAGCGAAAGAGGACCUCGCGGACGGACUCCCGGUUAAGAGUGAAUCUAUCUCGGAAGGCGAAGUGACCCAUCACCAAUUGGAGGUGGAGCUUUGCCGGAGGGUUGAAUGGAGAAGACGACUCUGUGAUCCGUUUUCGUCUGAUCCCGUGCCUGACGAGAUUCGCUGCUCCCCGGUGGCCUUCCUGGGUGCGCCGGCUCCGGCGGACUCUCUCCAGUUUGUCUGGGAUUUCGCGAGAAGUGCAGAUCCCUCUGUUCCCCCCCGUUUCCUGUCCAGAGGAGACGGGAGGCCCCGGGGCUUCCGCGCCGGCGACGUCGUGCCCCUUUUGUGGCCCGAGGUGCGGGCGACGGACACCCACGCGGAGAGAGGGAAGCAGGAAAUCGUGUGUUGGAAUGCCCAGCUGCUCCGUGUACAGCGGAAGACGAGUGUGGGGGUCGCGAAGGAUCCGAUUUGCUCGGCCGCUUCGCCGCAGCGCACGAGACGCGAGGCGAGGCGGGGCGAGGAACGGGUCAAGAGCGCGGCGCCGGGAGACUCCUCUGUCUGGUGCGAGCGCGAAGCGACGGCACAGAGCCGCGAGACCCGCCGAACCGGCCGCAAGGGCGCACAGUCAAUGGAAGCCGAAUUCGGCGUCGCCGAGAACGGGUGGGAAAUGGAAGAGGAACUGGACUGGGAGAUCGCGCCUGGUCUGCCGUUGUGGGAGUGUCGCUGGGAAGUCAGGGCGUUCCCUGUCGCCGGCGACGCAGAAACCUGCUAUCAGGAAGCGCGGGAGUGGAUCGUGGCCCAGCUGACGGCGCAGGAGACAGCGGCGCUGCACCUUCUUCGCCGGCUGAAUGCGCCGCUUCUGCGACUCUCUCGCCAAGCCGCGGUCGCGUGUCUCCAUCUGGACCCCUGCGUGGCGCCGGAGGAAGUGGCGGAGCUGCGGAAAACGGUCCACGAGGCGGACCAGCUGCAGCGGCUCUGGGUCCACGCGCGGUUUCUCGAGUUCGCCCUUCUCCAGGAACUCAUGGUGGUGGAUUGGCGAGAGGCGAAAAACGGAGUCUGGGACGCGCGCCUCCGGGGUCUGUUGCAGGGGCAGAUCCUGCGUCUCCAGCAGCUCCAGACCCUGCGGGAACUGGGCGAGCGAGACAUCUCUCCGGCCCGCGCCCAGGUGCUCCUGAGACAGCUAAAAGACGCGCGGGAACCCCGCGGACUCCUUCAUUUGCCGGCGAGCGCCGCCACGGGGGUAUUCCCCAUUCAAGAGGCGCAGGAAGAGGCACAGGAUGCGCGCUCCCCGUCUUCUGGCGGCGAGGGAGGGACGAACGCGACGCGCGCCCAGGCUGAGGAAGCAGGGGAAGUCUCUCAGGCGUUGGGGCACGCACCUGCGGCCGCAGUGCGGGAGGCCGUUCUGUCCCUUCUGGCUUCUCUUUUUCGGGGGAGGAGACCGACUCAGCUCGUGGAGGAGAUUCUCCGCAGGGCCGUGAGGCUCUUGGAUCUCCUCUGCAUCCGGACGCAAGGGCCCUCGCGAGAGGCUGUGGCGGCUGCGUGGGCGCGUAGGGCAAACGAGUCGGAGCUCUGCGCGUGGCUGCCCGAGGCCGUUCGGGACGUUCCGCCUGGGAGCGAAAGCCGUCGACCGCGGGGAGCAGAGGAACGACAGGCGUGGGCGACCAGCCGGUUGGCAGUGCUCCGCAAUUUCCUGCGGCGCCAGCUGGGUGAAUUCAGGCGUCAGCUGUUGAGAGAAGUCGAGGAGGAGCAGCACGCCAUGCUGCUGUGGUUGCUGGCGAGAGAAAGCGCGACGGAGGCCUCGCAGGUGACGGCGCGAGGCCGUCGAGAAACAGACGAAACGUCGGGAGUCUCGCCAGGCGGAGAGCCCAGCGACGGUUCGAGUGAGAACCGCUUGACCUCACAGCGGGGUUCCUCCUCAGUUACGGGGGACCGGUCGACGAACGGAAGUGAGACGAAGCCUGCCUCAAGCACUGAACGGCCGGGUAAAGAAAUCGGCGGUGGCGGGUGUUCAUCCUCAGAGAGUUCUUCGACGGAAGCUGGAGGGGACGGCAAGGCGGCGCGCGCGAACGCUCGAUCGUUUUCCUCAGAAAAAAACGUCUUCGCUCUCACCUUCGUGACAGCAGGUGCUAAAGGGGUUCCCGAGGCGUUCGCCUGUCUCCACUCCCUCCCAGAGCAUCUGGAGGCGCUGAUGAAAGGCCCGUUGCCCAGGAGCCUCCCCAUUCGUGGCCAGGACGGGAAUGGAGAAGGCGCACAAACAGUGGAAAUGUGUCCACUGUGGCGCUCCUACUUUCUGCAGUUGGGUUUGAUCCACACAGCCAAAGAGCUCCUCUUCAGACGGUCUCUCCUAGACGCAGGCGACUCGCCUGCGGCACCCGCGCGCCAACCGCGCGCAUCUCCCACUGAAGACAAACAGGCAGUUGUGCCUGGAGAGGCGUGUAUCGAUUGCAUGCGCGAAGGCGUCACGCAUCUAGCCGCUGGGACCUUGCCUUUGCCAGGGAAGGAAAAGACGGCGACAGAGGUUUCGCGUACGCCGGAAAUCGCGGCAGACCGCGAAGAAGCGAAUCGGUGCAAAGCUUUCGGUCCGACACACAAAGGACAGAGAGACAGGGACGAGGAUGGCCUUCUCGCGUCGCCCAGGGCGCCGAAGAAGCGAAGGAGCGCCGAAAGCCGUGUGAAUUAA